AUGGCCAGUCCCCAGGUGGACAAGAAACCUGGGGAAUGGCGCUCGGCCUGCGAACGCUGUGCAGAGCUCUUGAAAGCUCCACCCUGCAAGGCGUGUGGACAGCCGGUGCGGGACGCCAAGAAGAAUGAAAGCCAUCCGUAUCAUGAAGAGUGCCGACGCUGCAGCUCGUGCAAUCAGAAGAUCUCUAGACAAGGGAUGCAUUGCACAGCUGGGAAGAUCCUUUGUGGCUCCUGCGACGACCUCUUUGGCGAGUUCUUCGUGCCGGGAAAGCGGAAUGGCGCGGAGUACAUGAGAGAGGCCUUCAAGGCAUGGCUGGGGCGUGGUCACGCCUGGGAUGAAGACAGUUCGGGGUGGAUCGACACCGGAGAGCUUCGACGGGUGCUGAAAGCGAUCAUGCCCAACUUCUCGGACCGUGACAUCAAUGACCUGCUACGGGUCAUUGAUACUAACGCCAACGGAGUGGUCGAGUAUGAGGAGUUCUGUGCGUGGCUCAUGAAAGAGAAUCCCUUAGAUUUCUCCUCAAGCACCUUCGCCGCCUAUGUGGCGCAGCUCAUGCGCGAGGCCGGCACCGCCAAGGAGAAAGCAGACUUGAACGUGGAUGAGAUCCAAGUUCGGCAUGACGGAGUGUACUUCCGGCUGAAGAGCGGCCAGAUGCGCUUUGAGACCACGGCCUUCCGCACGGAAGCCUUGGCCUUGACUGCCUUGGACCCGGAGGAGUUCAUCAGUAAAGUGGAGUGUGUUGAGGAGGGCUUAAAACUCAGCUUCAACACGGGUCGGAUGACCACCUUGCAGGGCCAGGCUUCUGAGGUCGGAACGCUUCGUCAGGUCCUGGUGAUUGGACCUGCGUCCUUCCAAGUGGACUCCUGUGUAGGCGUCAUGCACCACAGCCGCUACUACUGCAGUGAUCGAGUCGAGUUUAUAUCACGGAUUUUUGUGCGCGGCGCCCAUGGAGAUGUCAUCGCAUCCUUCCCGAAAGUUCGCAAGACUUUUCAAGCAGCAUGCGUCUCCUUUUGUAAUUUCGCGCCAGAUCAACUUUGGGAUGUUGCUGCAACGAAGUGGUUAGCCAUCGCUGACAACUGUAAAUGCGAUUUACUACAGUUCAACUUUUAUGCGAUGUUAGCCCAGUUUGCAGCAUAUAAGGGCGCAGCGAGGUUUUGCACCAUUGAACGCAACUACAAAGUUGCGUGCCUCGCCCUCCGGAUGAGCGACGAUGGCAUUGAUGCCGACAAUGCCACAAUAGCAGACGUCCUCGAGUAUGUCACCUCUGGCAACGAUUUGCAUGCCAGGCAACAGUUUGCCUAUGGAGACUGUGGAAUCAACCACGAGCCGUACCAGUUUACUCCCCGAGAUGGCUACGGAGCCUGUUACCCCUUCGUCUAUGGCAUGACGAUUGUGGGCCAGGUCAUGGACGCGAAGCAGCGCCUUGCCAUGCAAGACUGGUGCAGCUUCCCCAUGUACUUCGAUGUGGCCACAUGGAAAAGUAUUGAAGAAUCACCGUCCGCCACGGCUAGUCUUGAGAUCAUGCUUUCCAAACUGGUGAUGCUAGGACUACGGGCGCCCUCUGAACCAACUCAAGCGAUGUUGGCAGGUACAUGCAUUCUAUGUGACGGGCAGCAAGGUGUGAAGCCAGGAAGCAGCUCUUCUUUGGAGCCUCACAAACUGAGAUCCCUCUUCCUGAACGUGAAAUCAGAAGUGCGUGUGCGCAUGGCCAAGGCCAAAGCUGGCCAGGUCCCAUUGCCCGGGGGCGAGUAUGUUGUGAAGCUUCCACCGAACCCCGAGGACGCACCAAAGGCAUUGCAGGAAGUUGCGUUUCAAGGCUCCAAGCCUGAGCAGCCGCCUUUUUCCCUCUUCGACAUCUCGAACAUCGCCCGGGAGAUUAAGCUGCGGUCUCCCAAAGGCCAGUCCUCGACUUCAAGUAUGGCAUGCCCAGAUGGUCAGGCCUUUUGGCAUUCCUUCCAAAGCCUGCUGGCAAUGGCGCAGCAUCUGACCCAACCUCAGAGAGAGUGCAACUUGAGCUUUGUGCAGAACAAGCCAGCAAGAGCGCUUGAGAAUUUACUUCACAGGGCCGAGCCCCAGGCCCAGCUUGCUUUGCCAGCCCCAGCCCAGGCAAUGACGGUGAACCCAGGCAAUGUCGAGAAGCAGCAAAUCUUUGAGGCAUGUGCGUUGUCUAACACGGCAGAGAGUGAAAGGUCUCCACUUCUUGCUCUACCUCCCGCACCUCUCUUGGACGUGCAGCCGAAGCCGGCUGUCGAGGAGGACAGCCAGGAGGUGAAGCUGGCGGCAGCAACAGUGCCAGAGAAGGUGAAUGAUCUCCCUCAAGGUGGGCCGAACACCGUCUCCUUGUCGGAUAGCAUGGCGAAGCUGCAGCAAGCCAGGGCCAAAGCAAAGGGCUCUUCAGCCGCAGAUAUGGAUCUGCCUGUGAUGAAGAGGCCAGCCGCCAAAGUCCCAGACGGGCCACAAGUGCCGGUGGACCAGAAGCCACCCAGUCGUGACCCGAAGUCACAUCGCUUGCAGAAUACUAAGGCCAAGAUGGGGAGCAAAGUCGGUUCAGCUUCACUGAAAAACCAAAAGAAGACUGUGAGCAAGGCCGUUGCCAAGAAGAAAGUCAAGACCAUUUCACCGCAGGACAAAUGCCGCUUGAGGGAUCAGAUCUUGUCGAAACUAGAUCUUAAGACGAAGAAAAGGUUUGCAAAUGGAUGCAGCAAGUGCCGCCAGCGGCCGCUGUGCACCCUGUCUUGCUGGAAGGCUGCUGUGGAGGAAGUGUCGCCAACGUCAUUGGUGUCUUCAGAGUCGGCUACUGAAGAGUCUCCAUCACCAACUGAAGAGUCUCCAUCACCACCGGCACGACCGCCAUGGAGCAUGGUGAGAAAACGCUUUCGCCGCGUCAAGAAUGAGGACAGGUCUGAGGUGCACGCAGCAGGCCAUGAAACUGAAAAGGAGCGUGUCAACGAGGCUGCCUCUGGCGAUGGGCGUUCCUUUGCCGGUUCUGAGGCUACAGCUACAGCCGAUACCGACAAGGUUUCAGAGUCGGAGACAACGGCGACGGUGCCACCGUGGAGGCUUUCUUCACCCGCUCCUGCCCCAGCGCUUCAAGCGUUGCAGCCCAAAAAAAGGGCCAAGCCACAGCCAAAGGAAGAGGUUUGCAACGACAACACGACCGCUAAGUCUACCGAGCAGACCGAGAGCGAUGACCCCACGGGGACUGAUCCUGCAGGGGCUGAUCCUACAGGGACUGAUCUCACAGGGAAUGAUGAAAGCAUCGUGCCCAACAGCACAGCCGACUUAAAGAAACUCAGGGCUGAGAUGAACCUGUUGGCACAGCAAUGGGGCGUGUCGCGGCGCUUUGUGGAACAACUGUGUGGCAUGCCCAAGCGCAAAAGAAGCGCAGCAUGCCAACCCUGGCGUGGAGGGCCCCGCAUCGGCUGA